AUGGAGUACAAACUCAAAACCUCACCACCAACGACAACAUCUUCUCCACCAAUCCCAAUCCAUCCCACUAUGCUCUCAAACUCUCCUCCGUCUUCAUCUUCUUCACCUCCCUCAAACUCUCCCACACCUUUCCCUUCACCCUCUCAGGGCUCUCCCUCUGCUGCUCCCCCCUCUCCGCCGCCGCCUGUGGUGGUUAGCCCUUGUGCUGCCUGCAAGAUCCUCCGCCGCAGGUGCGUGGAGAAGUGUGUCCUGGCUCCCUACUUCCCUCCCACUGAUCCCCUCAAGUUCACCAUUGCUCAUAGAGUCUUUGGAGCCAGCAACAUCAUCAAGUUCUUGCAGGAGCUACCAGAGUCCCAGAGAGCAGAUGCUGUGAGCAGCAUGGUGUAUGAGGCAAAUGCUAGGAUCAGAGACCCAGUUUAUGGGUGUGCUGGUGCAAUAUGCCAACUUCAGAAACAAGUUAGUGAGCUCCAAGCACAGUUGGCCAAAGCACAGGCUGAGCUAGUGAACAUGCAGUGCCAACAAGCCAAUUUGGUGGCUCUAAUUUGCAUGGAAAUGAGUCAAUCUCAGGAGCAGCACAUGCUGCAGCCUCAACCUCACGGUGACAUGAGCUGCUUCAUAGAGGACAACAGUUUUGGGACUGCUUGGGAGCCUCUUUGGACAUGA